AUGCCUUCGCCAUCAGACCGUGUCAGAAACUUGGUCACACAACUCUCCCUUGAAGAGAAAUGCGCUUUGUUAGCUGGAAAGAAUAUGUGGGAGACACUGGAUAUUCCACGACUGGGUAUUCGCUCCUUGAAGACAACCGAUGGGCCAGCCGGAGUCCGGGGCGCCAAAUGGACAGACGGUUCCCAUACUACCUUCAUCCCCUGUGGCAUCUCACUGGGAGCAACAUUCGACCCUGAUAUUGUGCAGUGUAUUGGCAGGGUGCUUGGAGCCGAAGCUCUGGGAAAGAAAGCUCAUGUGUUGCUGGCACCUACCAUGAAUCUGAGUCGCUCUCCAUUUGGUGGACGGAACUUUGAGAACUUCGGGGAGGAUCCUUUCUUGACCGGAGUAAUGUCUACACAUUAUAUCAAGGGGAUUCAGAGUCAGGGAGUGGGCGCUUGUAUGAAACACUACGUCGCCAAUGAUCAGGAAACGCGUCGAUUCAACAUGGAUGAGAAGAUUGACGAGCGAACCCUUCGCGAAAUCUACCUAAAGCCGUUUCAUAUGACCUUGAAAGCCGACCCCUGGACCGUCAUGGCAGCCUACCCGAAAAUCAAUGGCGAACAUGCGGAUACAAGCCAGCAUCUCUUGCGCGAAAUCUUGCGCGAAGAAUGGGGCUAUGAUGGACUAGUCAUGAGCGACUGGGGUGGUUUGAACUCAACCAUAGGAAGCAUCAAGGCUACCACUGACUUGGAGAUGCCGGGGCCUCCUUUGAGGUAUGGUGGCGCUCUUGUGGACGCAGUGCGCAACAAGCAGGUUUCUGAGAAGGGGGAUAUCGAUCCGGCAGUUUGCCGCUUAUUGACUCUUCUUGAGCGAGCGGGCCUCCUGUCCGGCAACUUGAAAGAGGUAUACAAUGGACAGGAGAUCGCACCUGAGAUCAUUGAUGUGAAGAAGGAAGAGCGAAGUCAAGACAGACCUGAUUUCAGAGAAGCAGCACGCAAGGCAGCAUCCUCAGGAAUCGUGCUUCUGAAAAACGAGGAUAACACACUCCCUCUGAAGCCCUCUUCUUUGAAUUCUUUGGCUAUGAUUGGUCCAAAUGCAAAGACACCAACUGCUGGAGGCACAGGAAGUGCAGUUGUCAAUCCAUACUAUAUUACGACGCCCUAUGAUUCUCUCGCUGAGGGGAUCCGGUCUUCAAACCCUGCCAUUGAAAUUCGAUACGAGCCAGGCAUCUUGACCCACCUUCACCUGCCCAUGCUGGGAAACAUUCUCACUCGUCCCGAUGGGUCCGCCCCUGGACUAGAAGUGGACUUUUACCACGGCGACAAUUUUGAGGGUGAAAUCGUUGCUACGACAUAUUGGCACAACUCAAUGGUUUACUUGAUGAGCGAUGGCGAUAUUCCGUCCAGCCUUCAGGGCAAGCCAUACUGCUUCCGUGCUCGUGGAAGAUUUACACCUACUGUCAGUGGACUUUAUGAUUUCAGCCUGUCAAACACAGGGAGGGCAGUCCUCUUCAUCAACGGUGAACAGUUCAUCGACAACCAAGAAUGGUCAACGAUUUGUGCAAACUUUAUGAAUUGCAGCAGCCCAGACAAGCUCAACUUCAAGUGGCUUGAAGCAGACACCUCGUACGAUUUCCGAAUCGACAACGUCGCAGUGGCGCCUCCGACAAGACCUCAUGAUAACACCUUGUUUCACCGAAUCGCUGGUGUAAAAGUAGGAAUGCUUAUUCGCCAUGACGAGGAUCAAAUGAUCGAGUCCGCGAUUGAAGCUGCCAAAGAGUCAGAAGUAGCCGUCAUCGUUGUCGGUCACAACAAUGACACAGAGCGUGAAGGUUGCGACCGGGCCGAACUCGAGCUUCCGCGCAGAACAAACGAGCUUGUCGAGAGGAUAUCUGCCGUCAACCGCAAUACCAUCGUCGUCACGCAGAGUGCUUGUGCAAUAGCAAUGCCAUGGGCUGCCAAAGUUCGCGCGAUUGUCCACGCUUGGUAUCAAGGGCAAGAAAACGGGAACGCCUUGGCCGAUGUGCUUUUGGGGAUUGUGAACCCCUCUGGGAAGCUCCCUGUGACGUUCCCUCGAGCUAUUGAGGACCAUGGCUCGCAUAAGUGGUUCCCCGGCGAUCCUGUUACAGACCAGGCAGAGUAUGGUGAAGGUGUGCUCGUUGGCUAUCGCUGGUUUGAUGCGAUGAAGCUUGAGCCACUGUGGCCUUUCGGGUAUGGGCUCUCUUAUACUUCCUUCCAGAUAUCUGAGGUGGAUGUCAAUGGCGACAUUUCCUCUGAUGGAUCAUCAAAUACUAUCGUACGCGCAUCUGUCAUGAAUAUUGGCCAGAAAACUGGCAGCGAGGUUGUGCAGGUUUAUCUCAGCCCGUCUCCUUCGAUGGGUGACUUGCCCAAAGCCCCACUGUCGCUCGCUGGAUUCACAAAGGUGAAUUUGUCACCUGAGGAGAAGACUACUGUUUCAAUUCCCAUUGAUCGCGAGUCUGUUGCGUGGUUUGACGUCACAAAGACAGGGGAUGACAGUUCUAGAGGGGCUUGGCGAGUAGACAAUGGUACCUAUUUCGCAUUCGUCGGGAGUAGUUCUCGAGAUAUCGUUGCAAAAGUCGAAGUGAAUGUUAAAUAG